AUGUCAUCCCCGCACUCUCGUCCCAUCAAACGACUGCUGGUCGCAAAUAGAGGUGAAAUUGCUGUUCGCAUACUCAAUGCUACGCGGGAGCUUCCUGAUCCCAUAGAGACGGUUGCUAUCUUUACGUCAGAUGACCGUUCACACUGUGAUCUGGGUCAUCCGGACCGAGCAGUGGAGUUACCCAACCCUGCUUCAUAUCUGGACAUAUCAUGUCUGAUUGAUAUCGUACGGAAAUACUCCGUAGAUUCAGUACAUCCAGGAUAUGGAUUCCUCAGUGAGAGCGCCGAAUUCGCGCAGCGUAUGUGGGAUGAAGCGGGCGCUAUCGUCAUAGGACCAGGCUCAGAGAACCUUGCCCGCACAGGAGACAAGCUCCAGGCCAAACAGCUAGCGCGUCAAUGUGCAGUUCCCGUUUUGGAGGCUAUGAGCCAACCAACUGCUGACGUCGGCGAGGCGCGAGCUUUUGCGAGGCAAGUUGGCUUUCCGGUCAUGAUUAAAGCUGUAGAUGGAGGGGGCGGUCGGGGGAUUCGUCUUGUGCGCGAGGAGUCCGAGCUUGAUAAUAGUAUUCAGCGGGCCAUCGGCGAGUCGCCGUCGCGCACAGUGUUUGUUGAAAAAGCUGCUGUGGAUGGGUUUCACCAUGUUGAGAUUCAGGUUAUCGGUGAUGGAACAGGUCAAGUGCGUCAUUUGUGGGAGAGAGACUGCAGUGUACAGAGACGAUUCCAGAAAGUUGUUGAGUGUGCUCCUGCGCUGAUGCGCGACCGGGGCCUGAUCUCUCAGGUGAUUGACUGCGCUUUGAAGAUGGCGAGCAACAUUCGCUAUCUGUCUCUGGGAACAUUCGAGUUCCUUGUUAGUGAGCAAAAAGGAGAAUUUUAUUUCCUAGAAGUCAAUCCGCGACUUCAAGUGGAGCACACGAUCACAGAGUCUAUCAGUGGCAUAGAUUUAGUGCAGACCCAGCUUCUGUUGGCCCAUGGACAAACAUUCAAUGACCUUGGUCUUGGAUCAGAUGUUGACCCAAGGGCUCCGGCGCCCGCAAAUUGCUUUUCCAUACAGCUUCGACUGUGUGCUGAAGAUCCAGGGAAUAACUUUGCACUCAGUAUCGGCAAGAUUACUGAGUUUAAUGUUCCCAGUGGGCAUGGAAUUCGAGUCGACACCCAUGUCUCCAGUGUUUCUUCAUUGGUUGUUGGGUCAAACUUUGAUAAUCUGCUGGCUAAAAUCAUUAUUACAGCAUCCAGCUGGGGUGCAACAGUUAAAAAGGCCCAGAGAGUACUUACUGAUACCCAAAUAUCUGGCGUCAAGACGAACAUCAACCUUCUCCGAGGCAUUGUGAGGCAUGCUGAUUUCAUGUCUGGCGACAUUGACACCCAGUGGCUGGGGACUAAGCUUGAAGAAAUAUAUCAGCUGGGUGAGGACAUCUCACGCUCACUUCGCAAUCAACCAGGACCUGCUAGCUCUUCACAGCAGUCACUGGCACAGGGUGCACUGCCAGCUUCCAAUUUGCUGUUCCGCAAGGGAGACGCAUGGUCUAUCCGUUUGGAGCCGCUUCAGAAGGACCCCCUGCAAACAUCAGCCAGCAUUGCACACCACAUGAAGUUAUCCCGAGUACUCCGCAACGAGUUCCCUACUUCACUCGCGGCCGAGAUUGAAUACACAACGCCAGACUCAAAGACUGCGAUUCCUUACCGAAUGCAGCUGGAUACCACUACUACCGCCGCAUCGGCUCUGGUCUCUUCCUCCCACCGACGUGGAGAUCCAAACAAUCCGCGCCAUAUCAUUCUACCUCUCUCCGGAAAGCUUAUUGAGAUGUUGGUUACUCAAGGGGAAGAUGUUGCCGAGAAUCAAGUGCUGGCCUUUGUCAAGCAAAUGAAGAUGGAAUUGGAAGUGCGCAGCCCUCGAGCUGGAAAGGUACAAUGGGUAUAUGAAAUGGAGGACGAUGAAGAGGAUGUUGCGGAAGGAAUGUUGCUGGUGGAAUUGACAGGACCACAAGAACAAGAGCAGCUACGAGGGAAGCUAUGA